AUGAACCGAGACAAACAGUCCAAGCCAUCCCCUGAUCAGCUUCCCAAGAGCGUCAAAGUGCGCUCGACCUGCAACGCAUGUCAACAGGCCAAAAUACGCUGUAGCCAUGAAAAGCCGUCUUGCCGAAGGUGCCUGAAGCAUAACAUUGAGUGCAUCUACAGCAUGUCUCGACGACUGGGAAGACCUGCGAAGAGGAGGGAGUCUCAAUACGUCGGCCUUCCAGCGGAUACGCAGCACGUCGACCCUCGGCGUCAUCAACGAGACAAGAAGGCGCCAGUCUCCAAGCGAAAAGCAAAAGAAAGCCAGGUGCACAACAAGAAGGACGAUGAAGACGACUUCCCACAGAGUCCUGGAGAAACAGCAUAUGGCACCAUUGCCGUCGACCAGACUAUGCUAGACGAUAUCUCCCUCGAUGACACUAACCUGAGUACGCCUACCUUUGGCGAAAAGGAUCAACUGCCAUCAUUUGCAGUCAACGAUGCCAUCGAUUUCUCCUCUGACAGCUGGCUGCAAGAAUUUCUUUCUCAGCAAGGUCCAGAACUUGCACAAGAGAGUGAUCUCUUUGAUGCACUGGCCCUUGAAAUCCCCAAGAAUGAUAAGCCAUUGGCUAGCUUGAAGCAGGGUUGCAAUGAUUCGGAGUCUUCACCGAAGAGCUUUCCCACGUCGUCGCCGGUAGGAGAAGAUCAUCUGCGGACGGUGAGCCUUUAUCUCGCAGAUGACCCCGUGCCCCACGACGCAGUUACCAGCACUACCCAGUGCCCUGCGACGGUCCAAGCGUCCUAUCCUGAAUUCCUCAAGAAAAGUGCUUCAGUCAAGCCUCAGCAGUUCUCAAUGGCAGAGGCGCUGUCUGGAAAAUCGUGGACUACACCAGAACAAGCCAAUCUGCUUGCCCAUUCAAGAGCUUGGAAGCGUCCGAAUGACGUUGGCUCUCCAAUUUAUAAUCUUUCUCCAAGCCUCACGUCCGGAGUCCUACUCGACAAUGCCGAUGAGCUUAGCAAUGUCAGCCCCCACUGUCAAGAUAUCUGGACCAGACCUCCGAUUCUUCUCUGGUAUCCUCAGCAUUUCCAUCAUCCGCGUAUUCGCGACAUCGCAUCGACAAUGGAGAUGGAGCAUACGUGCCAGUGUUCCAUGGAAGGGCUGCAUCUCAUGAAUGAGCUCCGUAGCAUCCACACAGUUGUGGAACUUGGAACCAUCUUUGAUUUGAUCCAUCGUGUCUGCAACCAAGGCCAAGCGAUCAUCAAAUGCAAGGACUGCAGGAGAAGCCCCCAAGCAUCCAUAAUGACCUUUCCUACAUUAGCAGAGCAAUGUCUCCUCCUAUUCGAGGCGAUUUGUGCAGCGUACAGUAUCAACCGGCAGAACACCUUGUUCGAUCCAACAAUUCUGGCCGUUGAGCAGCAACUAUCCCCGUUUAUUUGUGUUAGAAGCGCAGUGCUGCUAGGGCAAACGGAGCUCAACGAGGAGGAGUCAGUUCUGCUUGUACGGAUGCUGCUAAGUCGCAAUCUCAUGAGGCUCUCGGGGCUUCUAGAAGCUCUCAGGGACAUCAUGCGGGCGCGGCCAAAAGAGACUGUGCAUACGCACCGUAUUGGGACGAUGUCGUUUCGAUCCUGGGACACUUUAAUAGAGUCCAUCAUUCACCGGCUCGUGAUUUUCAUGGAACAGUUUCAGCUCCAGUUCAGCGAGCCUAGCGUCCUGCGUGUUCCUCGUUUGCGGAAUCUGACUGGCAUACUUAGUUAA